GUCAUGCAAAUCCCCGGUCACUGGUGAUGUUGGCGAGCUCCGGGCUGGAAGACGACUCCAAGGAAGCCUUCAGGGAAAUGAUGCGGAUGCCAGGCAAGCCGCCGAAGGUCCUGUCCCUGGAAGACGGGGCCUGGCUCAUGAGGGCGUUCUGGGAUGCUUCCAGCCCAGACUUUGCUCGUCCAGAGGCGCUGAACUACGGCAAAGCAG